CUGACGCAUCAAACAGCGCAUGUCUACUCCCUAGGAGUGGGCUUCACUUGGCGCUGACCUUCCACAUCAUACACGGUUGGCGGAUCUACGAGAACACGUUCCCAUUUUCAUCGACUGGUCAAAACACGGUCCUGUAGCACUAACUCAGCCUAGCCUGUUUCUACACAGGCUGCAGAAUGUGAUAUAUGUAGCGCAGUCCGUUCUUGUGCUGAUGGCUUGUACUGCUGCCGUACUGCUCCCAAUGGAUGCUGCCCAGAAGCCGAGAGAUUUGCUGCCGCUUCUGGCUGGUCGGCCACGCAACCCUUGGCCGGCGUUUUGCAACUAGCUGGACUGAAGCAACUGCAUGGAUAGUUGUUGGAGUGAUGGCUAUGUUAGCAGCUGGUGGAUACGGUUUCUGGAGGUACAAAGUCGCCCAAAGAAUGAUACGCUGGAGGCGGGACACGGACCGGCUGCCGCUGCCUGCCGCCUCCGGGGGGCGGGCCCUGCCCCCCGCCACCGUGAGGGCGCUGCCCGCGCCUCCAGGCUGGACUCCGGGCUCUGCCUUCGCCGCCGAGACUCCGCCCCACUCUCCAGACACUGCCUCCGCUUCUGAGACGGCGCCUCUCCUCUCACGAAUUAACCUCUAGCGGUCCACGCAUCAUUAACAUCAACUGCCAUGCUACUGUCUACACUCUGCAGAACGACGACGUCAGCUGUUUUUGCUUCCGCUAGUGUAAUCCGUACAGUAGUACUGUAAACUUUUUUAACGCUAUGAAUGUGUGUUAUGGAAAAGUAGACAUGAAUGUUACUUUAUAAUGCAAGUGUGUCCAACACUCAAAGGCGGGAACAGUGGACAAUCGCAAUUAAAUGCGAAAAUGGAAAUCGCAAAACUGUCAUGUGGAAUAAGAAUUCCUAUCUUAUUGAAGUAAGUAUUUUUUUUCUUGUGACAAGGCAUUAAUAAUGUCCUGUAUUUAGUAGUAUUUAUCAUUCAAGAAUUUGUUGGAGUUCAGUGAACAAUUUUUAUGUUACUAACAGGAGAACCAAAAAUAUAUCUUUAUUUAUUUACUACAUAAUACACUCACGGAUAAUCAGUACUAUAUAGCAGAGUAAUGUCUUAACAACAAUUUUUCCUUGGGCGGAACGUCGAAUUUUGUUAUUUCUGUGACCGUUGGUUACUUUUGGUCACGUUUGACGAUAAGUCCAUAUAACAUGCAAGAUAGUUAUGUUUCACUAAUUCGAAAAGUAAGUCACAAUUAUCGACCGAAAAUACAUUUUGUGGAGGCGGGAGAAGAUUUCCAAAGCGUUGCGACUAAUAACUUCAAGAAUAAAUGUCCCAGCAAGGAAAACGCGUAGCAGCAUGAG